CCUUGCAUUUAUGCUGCAAAAGCUGCAAGCGUAACAGACCAAACCCAUCCAGUAUCAGCACUGCUUACAAUCAUGCCUUAGCAACCUAGCAACCCAAAGGAAUGGACAUAGCUUCUAUAACAUGCUGUGUACAACAAGAGAAUCUGUCCACAUACACAGCAAUUGCUUUCUAUUGCUGAUGUCUAUAAACACUGAACAACCAGAAGGACAGCUGAGGAUUGCGGGACUGCAUCAUUUGACAAAGAGCUGACGAAGUGCUCUCCAGCGUGGCUACUGUGUUAAACAACUAUCAUCAGAAGUGCUUUUGUUGAGGCAGUUCCAUGCAAUCAGCAGGCAGAUGGGUGGACAAAAGUAAAAAUUAAGUGCCUGCCGAAUUACUCCAUAUACGCGCAUGUUCUGCAACAUCCUCUUGCUAUAAUGGUUAGCCAAAAGCAUGCUUGCAGCCGACGUAUGCAUCUCUACCCAUAAAGGACCCGAUAAAGGAAGCUUUCGUCUAUGGAAUAUUGAGAAUAAAGACUCUAGAAAUUUGGAUGUCAAAUGCCAGCCACUUUUACUUAAAUAGAUAUAUUGUUUCAAUGGAGCUUCUAAUUUACAUAAAGAUGGAUUAUUUAUUAACAGAUCUCAUUUUGGUGAGCUGAUAAAAGGAAAACCGGUCUACAAUACGCCAGUUACUAAUUGCCCCACAUAUUUUCUGAAGAAACAGACACCAAAAUAUCUCAAAACCAAACUCCUGGAGCACUUUAAUAAGGAAGAGCCUUGAAUAACAUGCUAAGUAAUAAAACACAACCAGUGUGAGCACAAUAAAAGUACUGGGCACUCCAAAAGGCCCUGCUACAAUAUGCUUCAGUGGAGAAGACGCUACUGUUGCUUAAUGAAGAUGACCUGGAACGUUAAACGGUCUCUGUUUCGGACUCAUGUUAUUGCACUUUUAUGCCUUGUGUUUUUGCUUGCAGUGUUUCUGCUUAUUAAUCAACAUGAUUGGGUAACUAGCAAAACUUGGUCAAAAGAAACUGGUUAUUCUGUUUCUCAUACAAUGAGGGGAUUCAGGUCGCCAAAAAGUACUGCCAACCAGAGCACAAUGCGAAGUAUUUGGAAAGAAACUUCUCAAGUACACAGGAUCAACUCAGUGAAUGAUAGCACUGUACUUUCUCUUCCAGAUGUAACUGGAUUAGGGGAUAUAUUGAGUGCUAAUGGAACCACGUACAGUAAAAAGAGAACAGGAUAUCAUCCCCAUCACAGCUACAAGUACGUCAUUAAUGAACCAAACAAAUGUGGAGGGCAAAGCCCAUUCUUAAUUGUUUUGAUUGCAGCUGAACCUGACCAAAUUGAAGCAAGACAUGCUAUUAGGCAAACUUGGGGAAAUGAAAGCAACGUUCCUGGAUUACGUAUGAUACAUCUCUUCCUCCUAGGUUUUAGAAAGACUGCUGGCACCUUUCAACAAGCUUUAUUUGAAGAAAGCAGACAAUACCAUGAUAUUAUUCAACAAGACUUUCUGGAUACAUAUUAUAAUCUAACUAUUAAAACUCUGAUGGGAAUGAACUGGGUUGCAACAUAUUGCCCACAUGCCUGGUAUGUCAUGAAGACUGACAGUGAUAUGUUUGUGAACACAGAGUAUUUAAUAAACAAACUCCUAAAGCCUUUGCAUCCUCCACGUCACAACUAUUUCACUGGAUAUCUGAUGCGUGGUUAUUCACCAAAUCGUAACAAGGAUAGCAAAUGGUAUAUGCCUCCAGAGCUCUACCCAAGCGAGCGUUAUCCAGUUUUUUGUUCAGGAACUGGUUAUGUUUUUUCUGGGGAUUUAGCUGAAAAGAUUUUCAAAGUCUCUCUGAGUAUCAGGCGUUUGCAUUUAGAGGAUGUCUAUGUGGGCAUCUGUCUUGCCAAACUGAGAAUUGAUCCUGUGCCACCACCCAAUGAAUUCCUUUUCAAUCACUGGCGUGUUUCUUAUUCCAGCUGUAAAUAUAGUCAUCUAAUUACCUCCCAUCAGUUCCAACCCAAUGAAUUAAUCAAGUACUGGAACCACUUGCAGCAAAACAAGCACAAUGCCUGUGCCAGUAUGGCAAAAGAAAAAGGCCACAGAGGACAUGGUAGGUAUCGCACAAAGAAAAUGCACUGAUGAUUAAUCUGAAUCCAAGAUUCCCAAUCUUCACUGUAAUGUAAAUUAAUUAUCCAAGCAUGUAUAAAGACAACUUCUGAAGCCAAUGCAAUGUUCUGAUGCUGUUAAAACCUUCGAAGUUUGCAUUUUAAAUUACAUUCAUCAUUUAAAAGUCAACCUCCAAGAGUUGUGAGCAUACAAUGGACAGUCAAUGUUGUGGUAUAUUCUGCUUCUCAAGUUUUGAAGACUGAAUGCAAGUUGUUUGUAAAGCAAACAUUAAUUUAUUUUAGGCAAUGCACAGCAAUGAUCUGCACUGAACUAGGAAAAAAAAUACCCAAACUAGGAGGUGGUUCCAAAUUUUGUUCUUCACUGUGCAAGUUUUGGUCUACCCAAUGUAAGCUAGUUAAGGAAAUUUGUUAGGAGUAUAAAAUACUAUGAAAUCAUAUUUUCAAGAAUUAAGUCCACAAACUUCAAAGAUAUUGUGCCUUUUACUUAAAAAGGGACCUGCAAAAUUAUUUCCCCGGCACAUUUGGGCUAAGAAGUACAAGAACAGAAAAAAAUGUUAAUAGAACUGAAGAGGUUUAUUUUAUAAAUGGAACAGUAUCAGUUCUUUUAAGACCAACUCUUUCUUCCCUUAGAUUGUUAAAGGAAAGCACCCAAAACCAAAGGGAGAAACAAUUAGCUUGAAUACAAGAAUCUUUCUUUUGUAUCAUCCAAAAAAACCUGUUCACUGAUAUUUUUUGUUAAAAAGUGGGGAACUUAUAUUACUUAUCUGGAUCAUUCACUACCAUGGGGUGUUCCAUCACACAAUCAUUCCAGGAUAUUAACAUACCAGAAUAUUAUUUUUGACUUCUGUGGCAUAUUUUGAUUGAAGAAAUGCAAAACUCCCAUGUUUAACCUUGUCUACUUAUUAAAAUAAAAUAGUAAUUUGAAAAAAGUUAACCAAUCCCACUUUGUGUUGUGCAAUCUCUCCUUUUGGUUAAGCAGGAAUUCUGUGAAGGUGCCAAUAAAGCUUGAUUAUUGCAAAUAAUUUGUCUUUAAUUUGAAAGACAAAUUUGUUCCUAUCUUGCUGACAACUAUGGAAUGUGUUUCUUUUUUGUAUUGGUGGCUCUAUUGUACAUUAUUAUGCUUUCUGCUGUAAUUUAUCAAGACCAGUGUUCAGUUCCAAAAAGGGAAAGGUUAAAUUUAAGGCUUGGAGAUCAUUACUAAAUCACUAUUGAAAAAAAAACUUGUGUUUGAUGGACACUAUUAAAAUAAUUCUGGAAUGCAA